GUCCAACUCGUCGAUGCAGGAAGGACAGUGCUUACCCUGUCAGUCAGAGCUGUCGGCACAUGUCAGAGGUAAUGAAAUAUGCUUAGUGGUAGGCUACACCUGUGCAGGGUUUUCCAGCUACGGCAGCACCACCACAACGGAUUCAGGAGCCGCCUUUGGGUGUUUGAAGAUCCACAGACAAGAUGAUCUACAUCAUAAUGGGUGUCUCAGGUUGUGGAAAAAGCACCUUAGGGGCUCUUCUUUCAGAAAAGCUGGGCUGGCCCCUGCAUGAAGGGGAUAACUUCCACCCACAGGAGAAUGUUGAGAAGAUGGCUCGGGGUGAACCGCUCACAGACAAGGACAGAUUUCCUUGGCUUCUUAAACUACAUGAAGUCAUUCAGAGAGAGAGGUGUUCAGGCUCUGAUGCUUUUGUGGCAUGCUCAGCCCUGAAGCGCCUCUACAGACAGAUCCUGCUUUACGGCUCCAAAGCCCUCGCGUUCUCUUCCGGUCAAGACCAGGAGAUCCUGCCUCCCUCUCUUCCCGAUGUCUUUUUUCUCUUCCUACAUGGUGAGUACGAUCUCAUUUACCAGAGGAUGACGUACCGGAGGGGACAUUACAUGAAAGCAGAGCUGCUGCGGUCCCAGUUUGAAAUCUUAGAGCCUCCGUUGGAUGAGGAGAAUGUGUUGCCGCUGGACAUCAGGAUGGGCAUUACUGAUAUGGCCAAGGAGGUCGAAAAGCACAUUAUCAGAAUCAAGGCGUCACCAGUGAAGCCAUAACAACCUCAGCAGACUGAAAGAGAGGCUAUAAUCAUUAGCCUCAGUUUUUAGAAACUGAAAUGCCAGACUGUCAGUAGGUCCACCAGUUUGGUCCAGACUGAACUAUCUCAACAUUUACAGGAUGGAUUGCCAUGAAGUUUUGUGCAGAUGUAAAUGAUAAUUGGUGAUAAUUCCUGACUUUCUUCCAGUGGCAUUACAAGGUUAUGGACCUUUCAAUAUAGUGUAACUAGCCAAACAUUAUUUUUCAAAUGAAUUGAAUUGAUUGAUAGGGUCCCUACAGAAUGAAUUGUAAUAACUUUGGUAACUUUGGUAUCCUUCAUCUGAUUUGCCAUUUUAACUUCUUACGUCUUCAUGUUUAUGGUUAAAUACAUGAAAAACUAAUGACAUGCCCAUCAUCUUCAGUGUUAUUGUGUUUAGAGCUAUCAGAUGUUAACAUGCUGACACACUCAACUGAGAUGAUGAAUGUCAGCAUGUGUAGCACUGUCACUGUUAACAUGCAAAUGUUCAGAUUUAGCUCAAAAACACCACAGUGUCUAAGCAGAGCUUCUCAGAGCUGCUGGCACGACUGUGAACUUUUAAUCUUGUUAUGAUCCAGAGUUCGUGUCUGGUUCAUGUCUUAGUGAAGGUGAGAAGUAAAAAUCACUGUUACAGUUGUGGUGCAAAAUCACAGAGCCACUUUCGCAGCAGUGGGAUCUACACUCACGAGCGCUUCAGAGAAUGAAGUACAGAAUCUGUGUGAUCCUGUGGUGCAUCUCUGAUUCUGAAAACAUUUCAAGCACAGCCAAAGUCCAGUAUAUGCAGCAGAGUGUUUGACAUUGGGACCAAAAUGAAUGAAAUAAGUACCCCCAAUAAUAUGCAACAAAGAAAAUGGCUACAUGUACAUGUUAAAUCAGUUUGUUUGUAUUUUGUUACAUGUUUGUAACAGACAAGGAACAUUUACAAGGGAAAUUUGGCUUGUUGGCUUUGUAGGUACUGUGUUGAGCAGAUUCAUAACUGCACUGGCAAAGGUUAAUGAACAAAAAAAUGAACUGAUAAUGGCUUUAGUUGAAUAUUUUAUACCUUGUUUGAAAGUUUGAAAUCUUAUGUUCAAUAUUCAGUUUUAUUUUUGCAUUAUGAUUAAAUCUUUGAUGUGCUGACAUUUCCAUAAAACAGUGAACUAAAGCUGAAAUAAAUAAUUUGAUUAAUUGUUAA